ACCAGACACCACAAGAAAAAAACAGUCUCAAUCAAAAAACAAACCCAGUGAGUGAAUAAACAAAUUCAACUCUUCCCUGCAAGCAACUAGAAUCGGAAAUCCCCAACUCCUUCUUCUUCCCUAACUUGCACAGGAAACUCCUCAACAAAAUUUCUCUCUUUUUCAACCACGAGGUUCAUUGUUUUGUUUUUGGUUGAAGUCUUAAAAAAAUGGCAUUGUGCCAUCCUUUCUUAGUCACCAAUAACGGACCGGUAACUUCCCUCAAUUCAACUUUUCUUCGUGGAACGACACCUUCAUCCUUUUAUGUGAAUAGAAAACUGAAAACCUGUAACCUUAAAAAUGUAUCUGUUUCAAUUAGUUGUUCAUCUGUUAAAACUGUUCGUGACCGCACUCUUGACAGGCAUGUUGUCAUGAGGAACAGAAUCCGGUUUGUUCAAAAGUUGAAAACUUUGCUGCUUUCUAAACCAAAACAUUUUCUUCCUAUUAAAAUUCUGUCCAAAUGUAGGGCUUAUCUUUCACUUCAUAAGCCUCGUUCCUUACUGUCUAUGAUCCAUCGAUAUCCAUCCAUUUUUGAAUUGUUUACUAUCCCAUGGCCACCCACACCUCUCAAUGCUACUAAGUUAUAUCCUCAACUAUGUGUUCGUUUGACUCCGGCUGCAGCCGCACUUGCAGCUGAGGAAUUGAAUCUUAAAUCGUCUAUUUCAACAGUAUUGGCAAACAAACUGCAAAAACUUCUUAUGCUAUCUUCUCACCGCCGGUUACUACUGGCAAAAUUGGUUCACCUUGCUCCUGAUCUUGGUCUUCCUCCUAAUUUUAGAUCCCGGUUGUGCAAUGACCAUCCAGACAAAUUCAAGAUCGUUGACACUUCCUAUGGCCGUGCACUUGAGCUUGUAUCGUGGGAUACCAACUUAGCAAAGCCUUUACCGCCACGUGAGUCACAUUCUCUUGAUUUAAUAGUUGACCGACCUUUGAAGUUCAAACAAUUGAGACUUCGAAAGGGGCUUAAUUUAAAGAGGCCUCACCGGGAUUACUUGCUGAAGUUUGAAGAAAUGCCAGAAGUGUGCCCCUAUAACAACCCCGCUGAGAGUUCGACCAAGGAAUCAAUUGAGGCAGAAAAGAGAUGUUGUGCUGUUAUAAGAGAGGUUCUUGGAAUGACAAUUGAAAAGAGGACAUUAAUAGACCACUUGACCCAUUUCAGAAAGGAGUUUGGACUCCCAAAUAAAUUGAGAGGAAUGAUUGUGAGGCACCCCGAAUUAUUUUAUACGAGUUUGAAAGGGCAAAGGGACUCGGUUUUCCUGGUAGAGCGAUUUGAUGAGAAGGGUAACCUAUUGGAGAAGGAUGAGGUUUUAGCCUUACAAGAUAAAUGGAUGGACUUGGCGAGGGAGUCCAAGAGAAUGAGAAGAGAGAGAAGGAAGGCUAGGAUUGAUAAAGAAUUUGGCAGGUUGAGUGAUGUAAAUCAAAAUCCCGAUGAUAGUGAUAUUGAUUAUGAUGAUAAUAUUGAGAUUGAUAAUUUCAAAGAUGGUUAUGAUGAUGGUUUUGAGGAUAUAUUUGAAGACUUGGAUUUUGAAGCUGAGGAUUAUGACCUGGGAAAUGAUUUGUUUGACAACAAGAUUGGAGAAUUUUGGACUGCAGGACCUUUUCCAAUUCAAAAUGGUUCGGAUACAGAAGAGAAGCAACCCUGGUAAUUGUAAAAGUUAAGAAUGCAAUUUUCAUACGUUAAGUAAAGGUUGAAAUGAAUUUUUGAUAUGGCAAAAGGGAACCAGCCUGCAUGUACCAUAUUAUGAUUAUGAUGGAGAUAGAUAAUGCUCUAUGCUGGACUGUUGACUAUAGUCUAUCGAUCAUUCAAAGUAAAAUUGUGUGUUUAUAAUAAGAUUUGAGUAAAAGUGAGAAAGUUCAGAGGCAUUUGUACUUGUACAUAUUGAAGGUUCCACCACUCGAUAGUAAUUAAUUGUCUUUUGGACGCUAGCUAGCAUUAAUUUUUAUUCUUUUUCAAUAUAAUUUUUAUAACUCAGCAUAUCUAGGAAUAGUGAUUUUGUAAAUAAGUUAUGACUCUUGCAUUAAGCUUAUCUACAGGAUCCUCCUUUUCUCCUCUUGAUGACGCAAUGCUUCUGACUCCAACUGUUGUUUUAUGGUCAGUCUAUUAUGUGGUAAGAAUGAUCUUUAGUAACAAAAACUUGGAAGUUUUCGAAAUUAAGCCAAGACUUCAACUUUUUAUUCAAACCAUGGCAAGUGUUUCUGUUUCUUCUAUGGGAUUUACAGACUUGAGAGCCUUUAAUUUAUCUAUGUUGCUGAAAUAAGGGUGGAAUAUCAUGAGCAAACCGGAUAAAUUAGUCUCUAAAAAAGGCGAGGUAUUUUCCAAACUACUCAUUUGUUGAAUGGUAUGUCGGUCAAAGUAAUGAAGGAUCCAUGGUUAAGGGUGCAUGAGAGUAGUUGGAUGCCUUCAUUUCAUAAUCAAGAAAUUCAUAAUAUGCAUGUGAGUGAAUCUAAUGGUUCAAGGCCAAGGUGUUUGGCUUGCCAACAAAAUUCAUUCUCUGUUUCAUCCUUUGGUGGCCAAAAAUAUUCUUUCGGUACCUCUGUUAUCCCCUAAUGAUUCUGAUUUACUGGUUUGGAAUGAAGAUAGCAGUGGAAUAUACUUGGUUAAAUCAGCUUAUAGAUUGAUGAGGAGAAUUAUGUGGAAUGAAGAGAAGUUUCAGCAAGAGGGUGAUUGGAAUAUGGUGUGGAAUGUGAACGUCCCGCCAAAGGUUAGGAAUUUGGUUUAGAGAAUUAGUAGAGGUUGUUUACUGAUGCAGAAGAAGCUUGAUGAGCAUCAUGUACCUUGCCGUCAGGUUGCGCGUUAUGCACGGAGGCGGAGGAGAUCGAUUGGCAUUUGUUUCUUCCGUGUGAUUUGAGUACUCGGCGUUGGCAAGAAGCGGGACUGUGUUAUGCUGUGCAGGGCAGAAUGCAGAGAUAUUUCAAUAUUGCAGAUGCGAUCCUUGGUAUAUGCUCGAGAGAAGUUGUUGAUGUGGUUGCUCGACUCAUGAUGCUGCUAUGGGGCAUUUGGCACAAUCGGAAUUAUCAAGUGUGGAACCACCGUCGCAGAGAUGCACAACAGAUUUGCAUCAGUGCUAAUGAUGGAGUGGAUAGCUGCACAAGACGUGCGUCAUAGAGGUAGUGAUGACACAGACAGAAACAGCAGCGUUUGUUGGCAGAUUCCAGUGGUUGGGGAUGUGAAAUGUAAUGCCGAUGCGGCCUUCCGUCGCUCUUUGAAUUUAACUAGUUAUGGUUGUUGUGUGCGUAAUUCUAAUGGUGAUUUUGUUACUGCUAUGUACGGUUGGAUUCAUCAGGAAUUAUCUGUUUAUGAGGGCGAGACCCUUGGAUUGUGGCAAGCUAUGACUUGGAUUCAAACUUAGGACUCUAGGAAGUAACUUUUGAGACCGACUCCAAAGCUCCUGUGGAUGCUAUUCAUUCUUCAUCUGUGGGAAUUUCUGAAUUUCGUUUUAUUGUAAUGAAUAUUAGAGCUUUGUUAGGAUUGAAUUACAAUUUUGAGGUUGAGUAUGUUCAUUGUCAAACUAAUAUGGUUGUUCAUAGUUUAGCUAAGGCGGCCAUUUCUAAUACUAGUCGACGAAUAUGAUUUAAUGCAAGUACCACUUAGAGUAUCUCAUUAA